AUGCGGUGCUCUCAGGUGGAGUUUACGGAUGAGGAAUCAGAAACCAUGUUGGACUUUCUGUUGCAUUUCCCUGCACUGGAGAGACUUGAGUUGACCGGCUGCCGAUUUUCUCCCUCUGGAUUGGAUUCUCUGGCUUCAGCAUUGCGUCAAUGUCCGGCUUUGGGAGAAAUCAGCUUUUCCAAAAGCGAACUGGGGACAGACGGCAUUGCUACGCUUCUGAGUUCACUGGAAGGCAAAUCGCAGUUGAGAAGCAUCGACCUCAGUUUUCUGAAUCUGGACAACACACAUCUUCCGAAGCUGAUUUCCAGACUUUCUGCAAUGCCUCUGCUGAGAAAAUUGAGUUUGAACAAUAAUCAGCUCAGCAGCGAGGCCUGUCCUUCCCUCGCUGAAGCUUUGAAGAAAGCCAUUAACAUGGAAGACAUUGAGUUGAGCUACAACAAAAUAGAUGAUGCCGGAGUGAAAGAAAUUGCUGCAGCUCUUCCAGAAAUGAAGAAUCUGAAGCAAAUCAACCUCUCAUCCAACAACAUUGGUGCUGCUGGAGGAAAGGCUUUUGCAGAAGCUCUGGUUGCGAGCAAGAAUCUGGAGGUGCAUUUCUAUGUGCAUUUCUUCCUUUUAUGA